CAUACCUCGGCUCUAUGGAAACAUGGAUGUCGAAGCGGUCAGCAGAGGAUGGUGGCAAUGGCACCAGUCAGCCACCGAUCAAGAAGGUUCACUUUGAACCUCAUCUCAUCGGGCCAGUAUCUACUCUUGAAGAAAUGGACAUCAAAGUCCUUCAAUUUCAAAACAAAAAAUUAGCUCAGAGAAUAGAACAAAGGCAUAGAUGUGAAGCAGAACUUCGAGCAAGGAUUGAACAGCUGGAGAAGCGUCAGACACAAGAUGAUGCUGUCCUUUGCGUUGUGAACCGAUACUGGAACUUACUGAAUGAAGACAUACGAGUUUUGUUACAACGUUUUGACGCUGAAACUGCAGAUGAAUCAGAGAACAAGAAUGAGAAUGAAGCAACCACUUCAUUCCUAAUGCAGUUGUCAACAUGGGACAAGGAGGAGUUGGAUGCACAAUUAGCUAACAGAGUUCAAGUCAGUAAAAGAGCGGUGGCUAAAGUCUUACAGGCGUUUGAUAGAUUGCAGCAGAGGAAUGAUAAGAUUUGGAGGGCAAUCAAGGGAGAGGGAGAAGAAGGUGCACCUGCACCAUCUCUUGAUGAAGUGGUGCGUGCAACUAACGAGGAAGUGACAGCGGAAAAUCGUCGCCUUCAAGGGAUAUGUACCACAUUACAAGAAAACCACCAUGCCAUGACGCUACGUGUGGCUCAGCUUCAGGAUGCAGUGAACAGUCGGGACACAGAGAAUGCAGAACUAAAGAAUCAGAUUGAUGAUUUGCAAUAUGAACUAAUGAAGGUGAGAUCAAGGAAUGAUAAAUUAGAAAAUCAUCUAGCAGAGGCAAUAGAGAAGCUAAAGAGUUACCAUCAGUCGGGCGCGAGUGCCAGUAGCAGCAGUUCGGCAUCUACUGGGGGCACGCCACUCACGGCAGCCGCAGCGGCCAAGCUGGAAGAUGUGGCUGCGGAAUUGGAGGAGCAGAGAGAAUUGGCCAAUAACAGACUUGCGGAACUUGAUCGCUUGCACAGGCAGCACAGGGACACACUCAAGGAAGUGGAAAAACUUAAGAUGGAUAUACGUCAGUUACCUGAAUCAGUGAUUGUAGAGACGACAGAGUACAAGUGCCUGCAGAGUCAGUUCUCGGUGCUGUACAAUGAGUCCAUGCAGAUGAAGACUGCGCUUGAUGAGACUCGCAUGCAGUUACAGAAUGCUAAGAAUCUACAUAUGCGACAGAUUGAAAUGAUGGAGAGCGAGGAGUUAGCAAGACAGAAAGCACUCCGUGCUGAGAUGAUACAGUUGGAAGAUGUGCUCGGUCAGUUAAGGAAGGAGUAUGAGAUGUUGAGGAUAGAGUUUGAGCAGAACUUGGCCGCUAACGAGCAGACGGGUCCCAUCAACAGGGAGAUGCGACAUCUGAUCACCUCCCUGCAGAACCACAAUCAGCAGCUGAAGGGCGAAGUCUCCAGGUACAAGAGGAAAUACAAAGAUACCAGUCAAGAAUUGAAUAAACUUCGUAAAGAGACAGAGGAGGCUGCAGCGAGGGGCGGCGCCUCCACCAGUGGCGAACAGCCCGACGAGAAACCGCUGCCUGUUAAGAAGGAGGAGCCAGACCCUGACGGCGAGGAGGGUGGCGUGGGCGGCGUGGGCGCAGUGGGCGGUGUGGGCGGCGUGGGCGUGGACAAGCCGGCCAGCAAGGAGCAGGCGCGCGGGAAGCUGCACGAGCAGGAGCAGAUCAUCAAGGAGCUCAAGCAACAGCUCAAAAAGGCGGUGAACGAGCAGAAGGAGUUGAAGCUAUUGUUGGAUAUGUACAAGGGCGUGAGCAAAGAGCAGCGUGACAAGGUGCAGCUGAUGGCAGCCGAACGUAAAGCGCGCCAGGAGCUCGAGGAUCACCGGCAGAAGGCCAAGAUGGCACAGGAGAGCAAACGUGAGCGUCGUAUGGCGGAUGAGGACGCGCUGCGCAAGAUCAAGCAGCUGGAGGAGCAGAAGUACGAGCUGCAGAAGCAGCUGUCCUGCGCCCGUCCCAACGCGGACCCUCUGCAUGCCUUCUCCAGACCCUUUGCUGGCUCACAGGAGGAGGAGGCGCUGCUGAACGAGAUGGAGGUGACUGGUCAGGCGUUCGAGGACAUGCAGGAGCAGAACUCUCGCCUCAUUCAGCAGCUGCGCGAGAAAGACGACGCCAACUUCAAGCUGAUGUCGGAGCGCAUCAAGGCCAACUCGCUGCACAAGCUGCUGCGUGAGGAGAAGCAACUGCUGCAUGAAAAGGUAGUGACACGGGACCAGCAAAUCGAGUCAAUGGGUGCGGUGGCUCGGCGACUGGAAGAGAAGGAAAGACUGCUGCAGGCCACACUGUCAGCGGUGGAGAAGGAGCUGCUGCUGCGCCAGCAGGCCAUGGAGAUGCACAAGCGCAAGGCCAUCGAGUCUGCACAGUCUGCUGCUGACCUCAAGCUGCAUUUAGAGAAGUACCACGCGCAGAUGAAGGAGGCGCAGCAAGUGGUCGCUGAGAAGACGAGUGCGCUGGAGGCGGAAGCGUACAAAACAAAAAGAUUACAUGAGGAGCUGGCGAUCUUGCGGCGUAAGGCGGAGCGCAUGAAGAAGAUGGAGCAGGCAGGCAGCAGCAUGGAUGAGGUGCUGCUGGAGGAGAUACGAGAUUACAAGGAGACCCUCACAUGCCCUUCAUGCAAGGUGAAACGCAAGGAUGCGGUGUUGACGAAAUGUUUCCACGUGUUCUGUUGGGAUUGUCUUCGCACUCGAUACGAGACACGACAGAGGAAGUGUCCUAAGUGCAAUGCAGCCUUCGGAGCUAAUGACUACCACCGGCUCUAUCUCUCCACGUAGACAUCGUUAUACCCCCAGCGAUACACCCCCACCACAUACCCCCAACAUUGGGGGUGGACAUUUAAUGAAUUUAAUAUUUAAUACAAUAUUAAAUCAAGGUACGAAGCUCUUAUAUGAAGAUUUUUUUUUUGUAUGAGCCGGUG